AUGAUCGCGGCCCCAGCAAACAUCGCAUCCGAUCCGACGACCACGUUCACCCACCAAACAGGCAGUCAAAAAAAGGUAUCAGCUACGCCAUGCAAAAAAUCAUGGACCCUGAUAUAUGCAUAUCUGUUUACCUGCUCGCCUCCGCCAACUCCACAAAGGCAUCGACGGCCUUGGCCACAUAGAUCUUGGGGUUGGCCACCAUCACCGAGGGGGCUGUUCCACCGCGGCGCCACCAGGGGCGGCGGCGUAGGCGUGCCCAAGUUCAAGUCCGUGCAGCCGCCCAGCCUGCCCAUCUCGCCGCCGCCGAUGUCGCCCUCCUCCUACUUCUCCAUCCCGCCCGGGCUCAGCCCCGCCGAGCUGCUGGACUCGCCCGUCCCGCUCCACUCUUCCUCGAACUUCUUCGCGUCGCCCACCACCGGCGCCAUCCCGGCGCAGAGGUUCGACUGGAAGCAGGCCGCCGACCUGAUCGCGUCUCAGUCUCAGCAAGACGACAGCAAGACGACAGCCGAGCUGCGGUCGGCGGCGCCUUCAACGACUUCUCCUUCCACGCGCCCACCAUGCCCGCGCAGACCACGUUGUUCCCUUCCUUCAAGGAGCAGCAGCAACAGCAAGUCGAAGCAGCGACCAUGGGUGGGCGCAACGGGGAGGGGAGCUCAGAUCGGCGGCGAUCUCGGUGCGGUGGUUGAGGGGAGGCGCGGGCGCGGAGGGGGCAUGGGUGGGCGCAACGGGGAGGGGAGGGGCGAGGACUAUCGGCGUUGGGGCGGACGCAUCGGGAGUGGGGGUGGGCGCGGCGGGGGUUGUGGGCGCGGAGGGGAACUGACUCGGAGAAGGCGGAGAAGUGGAGGCCGUGAUGAGGGAUGCCGCGGGAGUGGAGCUGACUGAGUGAUUGGGCCUUAGCGGUAUACAAUUGAAUUGAUAGAUGGGCCUCAUAUCGGCCAGCCAAAUAAAUUCAACACAUGUUCUCUACCGCGGCGCAAAUAAAUGGUACCAUAUCGGCCAACAAAACAGUACGGUAGCAACUUAUAAACGUGCCUGCUACAGAGAAAGCAGUCAACUCGUGUAAUCAGUUAGUGGUAUUAAUAAACGUUCCUGCUACAGUCGAAUUUUUGA